CGUCCUCGCGUUCCGCGCGCCUGCGACCCCCGCUCUGCGUCCGAGCGGGCAGCCUGUCGACUUAGCGUGGCGCGCGAGCUCGGGUGCCCGGAACCUGUCCACCCGCGGCUGUGACGAGAGAGGCUGCGGGGGCCGAGCGCUGCUGAAGGAGCCGGAAGGUACCGCUGAGCGGCGCCUGACGCAGGCGUCAUCAGAGCGCGCCGGAAGCGGUCCGAGGAUGAAGAGUGCGAUCUACCAUGCCUUUUCUCAGAAAGAGGCGGAAGAGUUUGAUGUUCAGCAUGCGGGGGCCCAGCGGGCCGAGGCCUUCGUGAGGGCCUUCCUCACACGCAGCAUGCCCCGCAUGAGCCGGCAGGCCCUCGAGGACCAGCUGCAGCGCAAGGCUGUGGUUCUGGAGUACUUCACUCGCCGGAAGCAAAAGGAGAAGAAGAAGAGGUCCAGAGGCCUGUCUGCCAGGCAGAGGAGAGGCCUGCGGCUCUUCGACAUUAGACCAGAGCAGCAGAGAUACAAGCUGUUUCUUCCUCUGCAUGAGCUCUGGAAGCAGUACAUCCGGGACCUGUGCAAUGGUCUCAAGCCAGACACGCAGCCACAGAUGAUCCAGGCCAAGCUGUUAAAGGCAGAUCUUCACGGCGCUAUUAUCUCAGUCACAAAAUCUAAAUGCCCUUCCUAUGUGGGUGUCACAGGAAUCCUUCUACAAGAAACAAAGCACGUUUUCAAAAUCAUCACCGAGGAAGACCGCCUGAAAGUUAUCCCCAAGCUAAACUGUGUGUUCGCCGUGGAAACCGACGGUUUUAUUUCCUACAUUUACGGGAGCAAAUUCCAGCUUCGGUCAAGUGAGAGGUCUGCAAAGAAGUUCAAAGCGAAGGGGACCACUGACCUGUGAGCUCCUGCUGCCUCGGCAGUCACUUAGGAGAGCAGGUGUGGAGACAGCCCACAUACCCCGCCUCUCGGGGAAGGGAGGGCCCAGGCCAUUUAACCACCUGCAGCCAGUGAAAGCCAGAGUUAAAACAUGUAAUCACCUGGGAAGAAACAUUCCGUGCUGAGCGGAGAAGUCAGGGAGCGGUGGGGGCGGGGAAGUGGAUCGUUAUGGGGGGGGUCUUAGUUUUUAUCACUCCCAUGGAGAGGAGAGACUGGCAGAAAACGCCAGGUCAGCACUGCUUGACUUGAAUGCGGGGGCUUGGGUUGUUGCUUCUGUUUUCUGAGUGUUCUGUGGUGAGUCGGUUGUUUAUGGGAUAAUAAAGCACGUGUGCAGACUGGGGCUCCACACAGAUGCCUUCCUGCGGGACAGCCAGGGGGAGGGAAGGGGCGCGAGGCCGCACGGCUCAGUCUCCCGCUUGGCUCUCAGAUGCCGCCCUCAGGUGUCGCGUGUCACAACUUCAGCAGCACCGUGCAUCUCUGACACGUUCCUCUAAGUCUCACUUGCUCCCAAGCUGGGACCUGUAAGCUUUAGUGGGGACAGAGCCAGGUGUGCAGUUUCCAGGCUCUCGGCCUCACGUGGAAAGGUGCUGGCUCAGGUGG